AUUCAAUUCAAGUGCAAGUGAUUGUUGUGAGAUUUGUAAGGUGGUGGACUCACCUGAUCAAAGUAAUACUGGAGGUUGUGUAAAGUGCAGUAGAGUGACCUGAUGCCACUAUGCUGAGGCGAAAAGUUAACAAGAGGAGUCACCCCGAUGGUGGAGCAACUGCUCCUGUCUCCAAACCUCGCCUUUCGGAAGAUGCUGACCCAGCUGAACGAGAAUCAUUUCUGGGGACACUUGUGUUCGGUGAUGGAGGUGACGUUCUAAGCUCUAUACAAGAGAGAGAUGCAAAGCCCCACAAACUGUAUCGUGUUGAUGGUAUUGCUGGAGAUGGUGAGGAUAGCGACGAUGGUUCGGCCAAGAAGCGGCGCAGAGCCUCCAAGUCUUUGCCUGAUUGCGAAGCGGCAUGGGAGGAUGAGGACGAUGCAGCUUUGAAAGUUGACGUAACUGCAAAGGCUCGCACCAAGAAGCUUCGGAAUGAAGUUGAGGAGGACGUCAUGGAUGGCCAGACAUACACGGAGAGGCUAAGGAGACAAUUUACGAAAGUGUCUGGUGCUCCAUCUUGGGCCGAUUUGCCCGCAGUUCGUUCGUUCGGAGAAGGAUCUGAGGGUGGUGAGGAAGUGGAUCUUCUGCAGCGCACACAGCCGAUGCUGGCUGGCAAAGUUUCCAUGCUGCCCAAGGACGUCAUUGAGAUCUGCCGGGAAAAGGAUAUCAAUUUCUCGAAACGCCCAGAUGCUGGUAUCCAGUCUAUUCACUUCCAUCCUUCUGCACCUGUUGUGCUGACCGCUGGCCUACACAAACAGUUGAAGCUCUACCAGGUGAACAAUGAAGAUAACCCCGUCCUUCACAGCAUGUUCAUGAAGAACUUUCCGAUUCAUUCGGCUCAGUUCACGCCUGACGGAAGCCAGAUCAUCAUGAGUUCGCGCCGGUCAUACUUCUACACCUACGACAUAGCCUCGAACAAAGCUAUGCAGAAUGCAGGCAUGUGGGGUCGACAAGAGAAAAGCUUUGAGGUGUUUGCCAUCUCCCCGGACAAUGAAUUCCUGGCAUUCACAGGACGUGACGGCAGUGUCCUGAUUGUGUCGAACAAGUCGAAGCAGCUAGUUGGAACGUGCCGGAUGAGUGGUUCCGCUAUUGCAAUGGCCUUCACUCCUUCGGGAGAACAACUUCUCUCAGCUGGCAGUGAUGGGCGUGUGUACGUGUGGGACAUGAAGUCACGCACGUGCUGCCACUCGUUCAUGGACGAGGGCUCUUUCCAUCUAACAUCGCUGGCCGUCUCGCCUGACAAGAAGUUUCUAGCAUGCGGAAGUUCUUCAGGGGUUGUGAAUGUCUACGAUGGCUCCUGUUUCCUGAACAAUGAGCCCAAGCCGCUGCAAACGCUGAAUAACCUGGCCCCGUUCUGCGCCAGCUCGCUGCAGUACAACCACACUGGUGAAAUCCUUGCCAUGACAUCGCGACGUAUGGAACAAGGCUUGCGACUGACACAUUUCCCAUCGAUGAGCGUAUUCUCCAACUGGCCAAAGCUCAAGUCCAAACUUGCCUCGGUCCAGUGCCUCUCAUUCUCGCCAAGCAGUGAAUAUAUGGCAAUGGGAAAUGACAGGGGAAAGGCUAUGCUGUUCAGGCUUGACCAUUACAAGUCAGAGAACUAAAUGGCAGAAGCACUCGACUCUCCUGAGGUCGUCGCCUUUUUUAACUAGUGUGUGUGUGUGGGUGGUCAUCUAACCAUGCGUCUCGCAUCUGGACUACUGCUAGAUCUUUUCUUUUCUCUGUUGCGAAUAUCACAGCCAAUUUUCCUUGCCUGCAUGCCCAGAGCAUGUCAUUUAUUGGUUCACGAUAGCCUUGCACGGCUUUCACAUUCUUCGACACAGUGAUAAUGGCCCUUGAACAGACUGCUAAUGAUCACACUUGAACAGAGUGGUGGCCGAUUUCUCGCUCUAAACCGCCCGUGGUCUGACAGUCGUGUCUCUGCCCAGAUUCUUGUACUGAAGUACAUGCUCUCGCCGUAUGCGCUAAGCCAUGGGUCGUGAACUUGUUAUUGCACCUAUUGCUUUUGUGUGCUGGUUGCAUGCGCAUAUGGAGCCUGUACGAAUGUACAAUGUCUUUGUUCACUAAAGGAAAAUCCUCAACCAACUGUUUGUGGUUGAGGUUUGUAUUUUGAAAUAUGAGCUGCCUUGAUGGA